AUGUCUUUAGGAAUUGAUUUCGAGCGAUAUUAAUUUGAUCGUCGAUUGAAGGACUUAUAAGACAAAAUUUUGAGUUUAAACUAUAGAGCACCUUAAGAAUAAGUGACUUAAGAGACACCAGUAAGUGAACCUUAAUAUUUAAACAAUCAAUAUUAUCCAAAACCAAUAUAUUACUCUCCUUAACUCUAGUACUAGUAUUCUUCAAAUUAAAAUGCUUACAUGCCUUAUUUUUAGUAUUAAAUUGAUAAUAAAUCGUUAAAAAAAGAAAAGGAGGAGAAAAGGAGAGUGAAAGAACUUGAAAGAAAGUAUGAGAUGUAGAAAGUAGAAGAAAAGCUGGCAAAACAAUAGGAAUUGAUGAUGGCAAGCCUUAAGAAAGAUAUUUUAGAUUAUAUUGAUCCAUAUGUUUAUGGCAAUUACAGGAGUUAUCAAAAUUAUGUUCCAUAAUAUUUACCACCAACACCUAAGGCUAUAAAUUAAAUUCCCCUUUAUUUAUAGGCCCCGUGCCCAUCCUAAGUGUUCCCAGAUGAUAAUUUAAGGAAUUCUCAAUCAAAUAGAACAAGUUUUUAACAAGCUGGAUAGAAUUCAUUGAACUAAUUUGAUUAUCUGUCGGCAAGAAUUUGA